AUGUACAAAAUCAUCUGUUUCCUUUCACUUUUGUUCAUAUCGGGGUAUGCUGACAAACCUGAUCCUCUCCCUCUUAGAUUAACGGAUUAUAAUGGCAACUGGGAGUUGAUAUCUGAAAACUCCGGUGUCUCCGCCAUGCAUGCUAUCUUGCUUCCGAAACUUAACAAGGUUUUGAUGUAUGAUGCUACUGUUUGGAGGACAUCAAAGAUUCCAUUGCCUCCUGAGAAGAUGCCUUGUCGUAUUGCGAAUGAGGAAACCGGUGAAUUGGACUGUUGGUGUCAUUCUGUGUUAUUCGAUUAUGAAACAGCAAAAUUGACAGCACUCAAGAUUGAGCAUGACACGUGGUGCUCAUCAGGAGGCCUCACAGUGGACAGAAACUUGGUUAGCACGGGAGGUAAUGGAAAAGGAGCCAACACUGUAAGAUAUCUCUCCACAUGUGAAAAAUGUGAUUGGAGAGAGUACCCAUCAUCACUUGCAGAUCCUAGAUGGUACUCAACACAAGUAACCUUACCAGAUGGUGGGUUCAUCGUGUUUGGGGGGCGUGGUGCCUUUAGUUACGAAUACAUUCCAAUAGAAGGACAAACCAAUAAGAACCCCACCUUUCUCCCUUUGCUUCAACAAACUUCUGAUCAGUUCAAUGCUCAAACGCAAUUUAACAUAGAGAAUAAUUUAUACCCUUUUGUCCACCUCUCCCCCAAUGGAAAUCUCUUUAUUUUCUCCAACAACCGUUCAAUCUUGCUUGACCUUAAAACUAACCAAGUUGUCCGCGAAUUCCCAGUUCUCCCUGGUGGCUCCCGUAACUACCCUGCAUCGGGAAUGUCCGUUCUCCUCCCAUUAAGACUUAAACUUGGCACAUUGAAAAAGAUCAACGCUGAAGUCUUGGUUUGUGGUGGUGCACCUUGGGAUUCAUUUUAUUACGCAGAGACUCAAAAGAAAUUUUUGCCUGCAUUACAAGAUUGCGGAAGAAUACAAAUUACAAAGCCUAAUUCAGUUUGGAGAAUUGAAAAAAUGCCAUCACCACGUGUGAUGGGCGAUAUGAUGAUUCUUCCAAAUGGAGAUGUCAUAAUGUUUAAUGGUGCUAAAACAGGUACUUCCGCAUGGAAUGAUGCGGAGGACCCCAAUUUUGCUCCUGUUUUAUAUAUGCCUAAAGGACCAAAGGGCCAAAGGUUUAAGGAGUUAGCCCCUUCACCCAUUCCAAGAAUGUACCACUCAUCAGCCGUGAUGCUACCAGAUGGAAAAGUUCUUAUAGCAGGCAGCAACACUCAUGAUGGUUACGAUUAUAAUGCCAAGUACCCCACAGAGCUUAGGGUUGAGAAAUUCUCCCCACCUUACUUAGAUCCAUUAGUGGCUGGACUAAGACAACAGAUAUUGGUUGAGUUUUCAGACAAAGAAAUGAGUUAUGACCAACAGUUCUCGGUGAAAGUUAGUUCAAAUGAGCCCAAACUAAAUAUAGAUGAAGUUAAAGUUACGAUGUAUGCACCCGCUUUCACAACACAUGGUAUUUCCAUGAAUCAAAGGCUCCUUAUCUUAGGUUUGGUUGAUGUGGUUAGCAACCUCUCGACACCAAUAGUUCACAAUAUUAUAGCUAGAGCACCUAGGUCAGGUGAAAUUGCUCCUCCUGGGUAUUAUCUUCUUUCUGUCGUUUAUAAAAGAGUUCCAAGCGCUUCCAUGUGGGUUCAUAUCAAAUAG